ACCCCACCAUAGCAACCCGCGAUGCACCCCGCCGAUUGACUCAGCGUCACACAACAAGGACACAAUAGCAAUUGCACAAAGCCCAUCCGUUCGUCUCACGGCCGCUCUCAAAUGGUUUAAAACCUGUCCGCCUAGUCCCUCAUACCCACGACGCCUAACAACUCGCGCUCAAAAAAAAAGCACUACCAAACAUGGCAGACCACCGCUCCAAAGCGGAGCUGGCCGAAGACAACUACUUCACCGUGAACGCGCCUCCGAAAUCUCUGCAAAACCACGCGACGUUAGCCAAGGCAUUUAUCGAGCGGCACCUGUCUGAAGGGCGACGAGUAGUGCUAGUGACCUCGGGGGGCACGACAGUUCCACUGGAAAACCAAACGGUGCGAUUCAUCGACAACUUUUCCAACGGGACACGGGGCGCAACGAGCGCGGAAUAUUUCCUGGAGGCCGGAUAUGCGGUGAUUUUCCUGCACCGGCAGUUUUCACUGCUGCCGUACUCGCGGCACUACAGCCACUCGACGAAUUGUUUUCUGGACUUUAUGACGGAAAGCGGCGAAGAGGGCGGCGAAGAAGGCGGAGAAAACAACAACAGCAAGGACGGAGGAAAGGUGCUUGUGAAUGAGGAAUAUCAGUCGCAAAUGCUCUCGGUGCUGCGCAAGUACCGCAAAGCGAAGCGCAACAACAUGCUGCUGCUGCUCCCGUUUACGACGAUUACGGACUAUUUGUGGGAACUCCGAGAAAUUGCGAAGCUGAUGCAGCCGCUGCGGUCGGCGGGGCUGUUUUAUCUCGCGGCGGCGGUGUCGGACUUUUUCGUGCCCCAGGAUAGGAUGCCCGAGCAUAAGAUCCAGUCGUCGGAGCAGAAUAAGCCUCCGUUGCAUACCCAUGCCGCUGGGUCUGGGUCUGGUGAUGCGGCUGGCGCGGACUCCCAGCAGGACGACGAGCAAUGCCUGGCGCAGGGACAGAGCAAGAAGCUGAUUGUGGAUUUGGAUCCGGUGCCCAAGUUCCUCAAGCGCCUCGUCGAUGGCUGGGCGCCCGAGAGCAUGAUUGUCAGUUUCAAAUUGGAGACGGAUCCCACGAUUCUGGUACAUAAGGCAAGGCAGGCCCUUGAUCGGUACGCUCAUCAUUUGGUCAUUGGCAAUCUUCUCUCCACUCGGAAGUGGGAAGUGGUUUUUGUAGCGCGGAAUGCGGAGAAUGCAUGGAUCCGCGUCCCGCGUCAUCGACGGAAGAAGAGUAUCUCUGGACGGGAAGCGGAGAUAGGUCUGGCGGAGCAUGUCAAUGGUUCAGUCGUCACGCCCGAUUCUACGGAUGAUACUGGAAUCGAUCGAGAAGUGGAGAUAGAAUCUUUAAUUGUGCCCGAGGUCGCAAGGAGACAUGCAGAACGCAUCUCCAACGCCGAGAAAUGAUGAUCCGCCUCGCUGGCAUGCUAAAUACAAAAUAGUUUCUCGGCCCCAUAUAUUAGACAUUUGAAGAAUAAUAUGCCACAGUACAAUAACGCCUCUGAAGAACUCCUCGCAAUCUAGAGCUCAUUCUGACCAUGCAAUGCUAUAGUACUUGCGCUUUUAAAAUGAGAAGACAGAGAUAAUGAAAAAUCAAUGGAUAUCCUGAGGUAAUCGAUCCGGAGCGCCCGCGUAUG